AUGAUUGUCCCCAAACCCCCCGUCGCUCUCGAGGGCCAUUGUUCCGUCAUUCACAAUAACACUCUCUACACCUUUUCGAAAUCCGCCUUUCUCUCCAUCCCCCUCCAACGCAAUGCUACUUGGAACAACGACCUCCCCAUGGCUCCUGUCCCUGUCUCCGACGCCGCCUGCGUAAAAGGCGGCCUUGACGGGCAAAACGACCAGGAAGCCCUCUAUAUCGUCGGUGGAACCAAUGCCAAAGGAAACCCUCCCGGACUGCAACGAUAUUCCUUCCGCGAUAAUCAGUGGAAGACCAUCCACGCCGUCGAUCUCAACAUGUCCAAUCGCACCUCCCAUAGAGCCGUCUAUCUCGAAUCAUCCAGCUCCAUCCUCGUCUACGGAGGACACCCCGACGGCCAGUCCAUUGGUUCCUCCGAUACUUUCGUCAUCAACACCACCGCUCCCUACGCUAUUUCUGCCUAUCCCGCCGACAAAGCCUCCCCAGCCUAUGUUCCCGUGCUCUUGCCAUGGAGUGAUCAGAAAGCGGCCCUGGUCGGCGGCCUCACCACGCCAGAUAAAGUCCACCUCUUUGAUCCCAAGAACGGAUGGGAAAGCUCCGCCGUCUCCCUCGCCGACCCCAUGUCCGACGACGUCCAGUGCGCCAUGAUCCGUGCUUCCGAUGGGAGCAAAAUCCUCCAGUCCUUUGACAUGGAUGCCGCCCCCAACACCGUCACCAGCAUCGCCUUGCUCAACCCCGGUGGAAAUCCCGCACGACCAGGGAAAAUCGUCGGCCAGUCCUCCCGCAAGAGGAAGAGAGGCAUCUCUCUCGACAACUUCCCCACAUACGACAACACCUUCGCAUCUUCCACCAAACGGCAAGAUUACUCCCUCGCCCAGGGCGACAACAACCUAGUUGUCAUCUCAAGUGGCGGAGGCACCGACUCCCUGGCCAUCUUCAAUCAAUCCUCCAACAGCUGGGUGAACGCUACCAAACUCUUCUACGGCGACCAGUCGCAACAACAGAUUCUCGCAACGGCCACGUCCGCAUCCCCCACCGCCACUGCAACGGGCCCCAGCGAAACCACCACCGCGGCCGGUGCGGCCGGCGGAGGCACGAACAACACCGGAACCAUCAUCGGAGCCACCCUGGGCAGCAUUCUCGGCCUGGGUGUCAUCCUCGUGCUUAUCCUCCUGCUCAUCAAGCGGAAGAAGGACAAGCUGAAGCGCGCUGCCCAAGACCAGGACAAGGACCGGCUAAGCUUCCAGGAUCAGGGCAUGGAACCCCUGACCCAGUCCGCCUAUCCCAUGGCCAAGAGCACCGCCCCCCUCGCCGCCUCGUCUGUAGACUCCCUUGCCAUCUUCUCUGGAAACCUCGGCGACGAGAAGUCGCCUCGAUCCGCUGGCGGAUUACCCGCAUACCACAACAAGCACGCCCCCAAGCCCAGCCCCCUCAGCACCAUCCAAUCCAGCCGCGACGCCGCCAGCACCCCCGGGGCCCUCGACAAGGCCAUUGAAGCCCAGGAGUCCGUCCCCAGCGGCGGUCGUCCCGGCGAUCGUCGCACCAACGAAGGCUGGAGCCAGUACUUCCAGGACAACAGCGCCACGAGUCUCGUCGGCCUGCAGCCGCCGCCGACCACAACCGCGACGACCAAAUCCGACGAUCGCACCAGCGUCUGGCCCACGACAGCCCUUGCCCCGCUAAACUUCUCCUUCCUGGAGGAACCCAAGCCACUAGGCCGGGUCAUCAGCGGCAGUCCCACCACCGAGCACGCCGCCUCCCCCAAGGACGGCCGCCACAUCGCCAUCCCCGAGAGCCAGUCCGCGCGCAUCUCCAGCGCCGACUCGGUCAGUGUCGCGUCUGACGACGACUAUGACCGGCGUGAGGACCACCCCUCGCGCAGCUGGAUCGGCCGGCCCCCCAGCAGCACAUACAGUCGCAGCUAUUACAACCCGAGUACACGCGAUCUGCCGUCGGUGAUGCAUCCACCGUACGAGUCGGCGCGCGCCAGCACCAACACCCGCGGCUCCAGCGUCGUCAUCCCCGACACCCUCGAGCCAUUACCCACGCGAAAUACCAACAUCAAUUCCGACAUGAGUUGGCUGAACCUGAACGCCGAGCGUUGA